GGUGCGUGUCUCGUGAUUGGUUGAGAGAGAAGGAGGAGUGAGGAAGAAGGACAGCACACCGUGAAGGACCUGCUGCUGGAAAACAUCACUGCAUCAUGAUGCUGCCAUAACUAUGCUUCACAGUGGGGAUGAAGUGUUUCUGGUGAUGUCAACCUCUUUAUAGCUCCUCUCCUCGGUUCGCUUGCCAUUUCUGCGUUGUUAGUGGAGCCGUAACGCCGCCUUGGGACAGCUGGGACAGGCACGUGACGCUGUCCCUCAGUUCCCUACAUAACGACCCGGGAAGUCCAGAGUAUGACGGAGUCUUUCUGCAUCACUCAGACCCAGAAUGUUGACAUGCAGCUCAGGGUGUCCAACACCUCUCACCCGAUGACAUCUGGAGAUCGGCACCAUCAACCCUCCCGGCGCCAACGGGAUGAGGGCAUAAGGAAUUGGAUGGAUGGAUGUUUUCUCCAAAUAGUGCGGCACUUUGUUUUUCACGGAGCGUUGUUUCAUGCUGGCAGCCCUUCCAUGAGUCAAAAGUUCUGGACGGAAGUGCUGAAUUUAAUGGAGACGCUGGUCAUGCUGCCUGAGGUUGGAGUGUCACUAAUGGCUGAUGUGGUCGUUUAUGAAGAACUUCUUCACUUAUGAAACGACAAAGUCGGUGGUUGUGAAAAGCUGGACUAUUGGCAUCAUUAACCGGAUUGUUCAACUUAUCAUCAUUUCCUACUUUAUUGGUUGGGUGUUUCUCUGGGAAAAGGCCUACCAGGUGAGAGACACAGCCAUAGAGUCGUCCGUCAUGACAAAGGUCAAAGGUUUUGGAAACUACAACAACAGAGUCAUGGAUGUUGCAGACUACGUCACUCCUACACAGGGAGGUUCGGUCUUUUGCAUCAUCACCAAAAUGAUUACAACAGAGGACCAAGUGCAAGGAUACUGUCCUGAGUCUGAGAAAUUCAACUGUACCAAAGACAGUGACUGCACAAAAUAUCGUCACAGACCAGGAGGAAAUGGAAUCUUCACGGGGAACUGCGUCCCUUUUAAGACCAACAUCUCAAUGUGUGAGAUUAAAGGGUGGUGUCCUGCUGAGAUCGACACCAUCAAGACAGAACCCAUGAACGACGUGGAGAACUUCACAAUCUUCAUAAAGAACAGCAUCCGUUUCCCAAUGUUUAACUACACCAAAGGGAACUUCCUUCCAUCAAUAACUAACAAUUACAUCAAAAAGUGUAAUUUUAACAAAGAAAAGGACAUCUACUGCCCUAUCUUCAAAGUGGGGGACAUUCUUAAAGACGCAGAGCAGAACUUCACUCACCUGGCAAACACGGGUGGAGUGAUUGGAAUAAUGAUCAGCUGGGUGUGUGAUCUGGAUAAAUCAGAUGAUGAAUGUAAACCAUCGUAUUCGUUCACCCGACUCGAUGCCAUGUCGCAGCAGAACAACGUUUCUCCGGGGUACAAUUUCAGAUUUGCAAAAUACUAUAAGAUGGAAAAUGGGACAGAUUACCGCACUCUGGUCAAAGCUUUCGCCAUUCGAUUUGAUGUUAUUGUCAAUGGCAAUGCGGGAAAGUUUAACAUGAUCCCAACAAUCAUAAACAUGGUGGCAGCAUUCACAUCAGUGGGAGUGGGCACAGUGCUUUGUGAUAUUAUACUGCUAAACUUCCUGAAGGGUGCAGAGCAGUACAAGGCUAAGAAGUUUGAAGAGGUUUCGGACGAUCCGUUGGACAUCCAGAGCAACGGCUUGUAUCGCUCCCAGCUGUCGCUCAGACAAACGCACUUAAAGUCCAGUGACUCUGGGGCAUUUUCUAUUGAACAUUUCAACUAAAUAACCAGUACAUAUCACUGUGGUUUCAAUCACAUAGCCUCUUUCAAGGCUGAGAACAUCAAAAUUACAAAAAUGUAUCAAGUGAAUGUAGCAUAAAGGCAUGGCUGUCUUUGCAUGAGGAUUGUUGAACCAGUUGCCUAAAAGAUGAUUUUGGUAGCCCAUAGAAAUUAUAGCAAUAAACAACUGGUUCGCUGCUCUGUAAUAUUUUAUUCUUUUAUAAGCAUAACUUUUACAGUUGCAACUAGACGAUUGAAUACACCACAUAAAAAGAUACACUUUUUUUUCCUCCUUACUUUCUGAAACUAAAUCAGACUAAACUUCUCUUGUUUAAGGUCAGUUAGAAUCACCAAAACUAUUCUUAUUUUGAUAAAUAACAAGCUGUGUUUCCAGUACGAUUUAAAUAAACAAAUUUUUGAUUUAAGAGAUGUUCCUCUGGAUAACCGCGAUGUAGAGCUACUAAAGUAGUGUCACUCUCUGUACACUUCUGGUUUCAACUGUAUGUGUCUAAGUACAGGAGCAUGAAGAUUUGUUUUAUGAUAAUACCCUGAUUACUCCCUCAUCAGUCCCUUUUAAUAAGAUUGUGACAAAAUCAAGAAAUAAAAACUUUAAAAGACAGUUUUCAUUCACUCCAGCAAA